AUGAAUCAGUCACAAUUAGACCCCCUACCAACGGAUCUUCCCUUCCGAAUCGUCUCCAAGACCGUGGGUCGAGGAGCAUAUGCCUCCAUCAAGAAAGCAAUUCCCCUGGACGCCCCAACGCCAGUUUUUGCUGUAAAGCUCAUCCACAAGGGUUAUGCUGUCAAACAUGGUCGCAUUUCUACCAAGCAGUUGGCCAUGGAGGUCUCGCUGCAUUCACAUAUCGGCCAGCAUCCCAACAUUAUCGAGUGGUUCGCUUCAGGAGAAGAUGAUAUUUGGCGAUGGAUUGCCAUGGAGUACGCAGAAGGUGGUGAUCUUUUCGACAAGAUUGAAGCUGAUGUUGGUGUCCGCGAGGAUAUUGCCCAAGUUUACUUCGUUCAGCUCAUCAGCGGCGUGAGCUUCAUGCACUCCAAGGGCGUGGCACAUCGUGAUCUCAAGCCUGAGAAUAUUCUCCUCUCUCAGGACGGAUCUUUAAAACUCGCAGACUUUGGUAUGGCCACAAUGUUUGAGUACAAAGGUCAGCGAAAGUUGAGCUCAACACUAUGUGGUAGCCCACCUUAUAUCGCCCCUGAAAUCCUUGCUUGUGGGCGUGCAGCAGACAAGAAGCUACCCAACGCUGCCAAGUACUCUCCAGACUUGGUCGAUGUUUGGUCUUGCGGUGUUAUUCUAUUCGUUCUUCUCGUCGGCAACACGCCAUGGGAUGAGCCUUCACAAGGCAGCUGGGAGUUUCAGGAAUAUGUAAGAACAUCUGGUCGCAGCACGGAUGCUCUGUGGGGGAGAGUCCCAGCAGAAGCACUAUCUCUACUACGAGGGAUGAUGAGCAUUGAUUCAUCAAAACGCUUCAACUUUACUCAAGUGCGCCAACACCCUUGGUACACAAGACACAAUGCCCUCCUCAACUCGGAUGGCCGAGUCACAGAUCCCAUCAACUUGGCGACACAGAUGCUGGAGAAUCUCCGCAUCGACUUCAACCACCACCCAACAUCACAGCCUUCGUCGAGCGACAAUAUGGACAUAGAUACUGGCCUGAAUGUCGGGAAAUUCUCCUCUACCCAGCCAGAGACACCAAUCGCUGAUAAGGACUGGGAUUGGGAGCGUCCUCCACUUCGCUCUAUGGCCUCGCCAGCCUCAUCACUCCCACACACUCACGAUGUGAGCCGAGCAAUGCUCGAUACACUCGCCGACGAGCCAUCUAUGUCUCAAUUCUCUCAGACUCCUGGUCCUUCUAUGACCCUCACCCAGCAAGCUCGCCGUUUCCGCGACAUUUGUCCCCCAGAGUCACUUACUCGCUUCUUCUCGGCUGUGCCUCCGGCCCACAUCAUCCAGAUGAUUAACGAUGCUCUCCACCAUCUGAAUGUCCCCACGACCAAUAUCUCGCCUAAUCCACAUGGCAACCCUGUCGCUAAGAUAAAGGUCAAAGCACUCGACGGUCGUCAACAAAGUUUGCAUGGCGAGAUUCAAGUGGAUCGUCAGCCUCUGCCAGACGGAACAGAGGUCCUUGACAUUCGCUUCGUCAAGGUCAAGGGUGAUCCUCUUGAAUGGCGACGAUUCUUCAAGAAGGUGGUUAUUUUGUGUAAGGAUGGUGUAUACGUCCCCGAAACUUAG